AUGUCAGGGAACUCAUCUCCCUCUGCAGAGUGCAUCUGUAAAUCUAUUUGUCUCCUGGUUCUGGUGUGUGUGGUUCUUCUGAUUGUAGGUUGUCUUCUUGCGUUUGCGUUCGCACCAAUCACUUCAAUUGGGGGUAUAGUCGUGUUGGUUUUCGCAGCUGUGCCCUUUGUGGCUAUUCUUGUUCUUCUCUUCUCCUACAGCUGCCGAGGUACCCGGGUGAUGCCGAUGUGCCCAUUCGCUACGGCCUUGGUUUUUGUGGAUAUCGUCCUGCUAGGUGUCUUUGGCGCGAUGCUCGGGAAGGGUGCUUCUUCUGUUGCAAGUACUACUGGCUACAGAGAUCCAGGAGAACCGCACGAUAAUACAAGGACGGAAGGUAUUUUGCUGAUUGUUUUUUCCCUGAUUCCACUUGCCUUCGCUAUUGCUAUCCCGAUU